GCCUGGGAGCCGUGGGGCGGGCGGGCAGCAGCAGUCUCCCCGGCGCGUAGUCGUCCCUACUGCUCAGGUGCCGCGACUUGGGCUGCGGCCUCGGCAGAUCGGGCUGCGGGUAGGGCUGCGCGGGUGGAGACCCUAGUCCUAGCGAGAUCCUCCUGGAUGCACAGUGCUUGUCUAGGACCCCUUUCCACUGCGAGGGUCGCUACCCAAUCCCGCGUGCCGCUUCCGGCGGACACCUGAGGGCGGAGCUAUUAGGGGCGGGGCCCCGUGAUUGACACCUCUUUCCCCAGACUUCGGUGCUACCACUGGACCCCUCCCCUGUCCUGAACGCUGAGCCGGCACCAUGCACGGGCGCCUGAAGGUGAAGACGUCAGAAGAGCAGGCGGAGGCCAAAAGGCUAGAGAGGGAGCAGAAGCUGAAACUCUACCAGUCAGCUACCCAAGCUGUCUUCCAGAAGCGCCAGGCUGGAGAGCUAGAUGAGUCAGUGCUGGAAUUGACAAGCCAGAUUCUGGGAGCCAACCCUGAUUUUGCCACCCUCUGGAAUUGUCGACGAGAAGUGUUUCAACAACUGGAGACCCAGAAGUCUCCUGAGGAGUUGGCUGCUCUGGUGAAGGCAGAACUUGGCUUCCUGGAGAGCUGCCUGCGUGUGAACCCUAAAUCCUAUGGCACCUGGCACCACCGCUGCUGGCUGCUGGGACGCCUGCCUGAGCCCAACUGGGCCCGGGAACUGGAAUUAUGUGCCCGCUUUCUUGAAGUUGAUGAACGGAACUUUCACUGCUGGGAUUAUCGGCGAUUUGUGGCUGCACAGGCCGCUGUGCCCCCUGCAGAGGAGCUCGCCUUCACUGACAGCCUCAUCACCCGAAAUUUCUCCAACUACUCCUCCUGGCAUUACCGCUCUUGCCUCUUGCCCCAGCUGCACCCCCAGCCAGACUCUGGCCCACAAGGACGCCUCCCUGAAGAUGUGUUGCUCAAAGAGCUGGAGCUGGUACAGAAUGCCUUCUUCACUGACCCCAAUGACCAGAGUGCUUGGUUCUACCACCGCUGGCUUCUGGGCCGAGCUGACCCCCAGGAUGCCGUACACUGCCUGCAUGUGAGCCGAGACGAGGCCUGCCUGACUGUGUCCUUCUCUAGGCCCCUCCUAGUGGGCUCCAGUACAGAGACCUUGCUACUCAUGGUUGAUGAGUCACCCCUGAUUGUGGAGUGGAGGACCCCAGAUGGCAGGAACCGACCCAGCCAUGUCUGGCUCUGUGACCUGCCCACUGCCUCCCUCAAUGAUCAGUUGCCCCAACAUACAUUUCGUGUUAUUUGGACAGCAGGCGAUGCUCAGAAGGAGUGUGUGCUUUUAAAAGGCCGCCAAGAAGGCUGGUGCCGGGACUCAGCCACUGACGAGCAACUGUUCAGGUGUGAGCUGUCGGUGGAGAAGUCCACGGUGCUACAAUCUGAGCUGGAAUCCUGUAAGGAGCUACAGGAGCUGGAGCCUGAGAAUAAAUGGUGCCUGCUUACCAUCAUUCUGUUGAUGCGGGCACUGGACCCCCUCUUAUAUGAGAAGGAGACGCUGCAGUACUUCCAGACCCUCAAGGCCGUAGACCCUAUGCGGGCAGCCUACCUGGACGACCUACGCAGCAAGUUCUUGCUGGAGAAUAGUGUGCUCAAGAUGGAGUAUGCUGAGGUGCGUGUGCUGCACCUGGCUCACAAGGAUCUGACAGUUCUCUGCCAUCUGGAACAGCUGCUCUUGGUCACCCAUCUUGACCUAUCACAUAAUCGUCUCCGAGCCCUGCCCCCUGCCCUGGCUGCUCUGCGCUGCCUUGAGGUGCUGCAGGCAAAUGAUAACGCCAUAGAGUCCCUGGAUGGCAUCACCAACCUGCCCCGGCUACAGGAACUAUUACUGUGCAACAACCGCCUCCAGCAGCCUGCAGCACUCCAAUCUCUUGCCUCCUGCCCUAGGCUGGUCCUCCUCAACCUGCAGGGCAACCCACUGUGCCAAGAAGGGAACAUCUUGGAGCACCUGGCCGAACUGCUGCCUUCAGUUAGCAGCAUCCUCACCUAAGAGACCCUGCCCUACACCCUUGACCUUUAACUUAUUGGGACUGAAUAAAGAACGGAGAGGCCCCCUCAGGCUGCCAAGCUGCUGUCACUGCUGCCUCUAUGCCACUACCAGCAUUACCACUGCCACAUAUUUUGGGAAAAGAAAAGGAAGAGACUUGGGGUGUGUCUACCUUCAUUUAAUGCUCUACACCCUGCUGUUCCCUGUCACAGAGAACAAAACCAGUGUCUGGCACAGAAAACAGGGCUGCAUUUAUGCUUGUCUUCUGGUUUGGAGGCUAGGCAGGGCCUAGGUUCCAGAAUAGGAUAGGAACUGGGAGAACUACAAAACAGCUGUAAAUCUCUCUAACUGGCUGGGCAUAGUGGCACACACCUGUAUUCUCAGUGGCUUGGGAGGCUGAGGCAGGAGGAUCGCGAGUUCAAAACCAGCCUCAACAACUUAGUGAGGCCGUAAGCAACUUGGAGAGACUCU